UUGAAAAAUUUGACUUUGAUCCACGGCCGUGAGUCACCGAUAUUCUCGAAGUUCGUAUAUAAGUUGUUGUUUUCAUCAGAAACUAUAAAGUAUUGUGCUCGGUAGAUCGGUUCACCCAUAAGUAGAACUAAAGACCAACAAUGAGUCUCCAGUGGACAAUUAUUGCGACAUUUUUGUACGCGGAAAUAGCUUUCGUGCUAUUGUUAACUUUGCCGAUCGCAAGCCCUUCUAGAUGGAACAAGUUCUUCAAAUCGAAGUUUCUCGCUUAUGUAAGUGCUCAGGCGUCGAUUUACUUCGUGGUGCUGAUAGCUGUGCUGGUAUUAUGCCUCCUGGACGCGAUCCGUGAGAUGCAGAAGUAUUCGAGUAUCGAAUCGACCGAUCAUCAGCAUUUGGACGCCGAAAUGCAAGGUAACAUGCGUUUGUUCCGUGCUCAAAGGAACUUCUAUAUCUCUGGAAUCGCUCUAUUUCUGCUCGUUGUCAUUCGUCGUCUGAUUCAGAUGAUUUGCGAGUUAGCCAACCUCUACGCUCAAUCUGAAGCGAAUUUCCGUCAAGCGCAGAGUGCUACCGUUGCUGCCAGAUCGUUGCUGGAAAAACAAGGAGCUGGCGACGAGCUGGCCAAGAAGGACCGUGAUGAAUUGGAGGGUAAGAUAGAACUUCUAGAAAAAGAGUUAGCUAGAGAGAAGAAGGACAAGGAGGCUGUAAAAUCCCAAGCAGAGAGCCUUAACAAGGAAUAUGAUAGACUCGCAGAAGAACACAGUCGGUUGCAGAAGAAGGUUACAGUAGCUGGUGGGGAUAAGAAAGAUGAAUAAAUUGCUGAUAAAUAAUCUAAAUGGCUCAUAGCCAUUUUAAUAGUCCGCUUUUAAAAUUUGCUACUGAUAAUGUUUUCAAUACAUAAUAUAAAUAUUUAUAUUCUUGAACUGGUACACAUUUGAGUCUACAUCUACUAUCCAAAGAUAUAUUGAAGGUUUGGAUAGCAGAGGAAAUGUACUCUGGCUAUUAGAAUGAGAUACAUAUUGAAAGUUUUGCAUGUGAUGCAAUUUUAAUAUAUAUUUCACAAUUCAAUUACAAGUCUCCUUAUCUGCAUUCAAAAUCAUAAGAUAAUAAAAAUAUUUAAGUACUCUUUUUAAAAAGAACUUUCUAUAAAAUUUUCUUUGAGGAGACUAUACAGCCUGAACAAAUAUUAGAUGUCAGUACUAAAUGGCAUUCUAAAAUAUAACUGGAACAUUUUAAUGCUUUUCAUUGUAAAUUUUUAUACAGUUGUGUGCAUAAAGGUUUAGGCAGUGUAGGUAGAAAGGCAACUCUAUGUUAAAAUUGGAUAUGAGAGUUAGUAAUUUGUUAUAAAGUAUUUUUUAUAUGUGUCAGCUUCUGGAAAAAUUUGUAAAAUCUAAAUACAUAUUUACCAAUCAGAAUCAGUGUUUCUUCAGGUACACAAUUUUGUAUUGAAAUUAAAUUCAUAACUGAUAUUCUGUUCUCGUAAUUACAGCAAAAAAACUCAUGUAGUUUCAUAAUUUAGUAAAUUUGCUUUCUGUAGUUUUGUUGGUAUUAAAUGUUUAUGUCUCCAUUGAAGAAAAAAUAAACACAUGUUUAGAAUACUAUUUUCUGCAUUGCCAGAGAGUAAAUGGUCAUGCCAUAACAAUGGUGUUAGUCAAACUGGAUUUGCUAUUUUUAGUAUGCAUUAAAACUUAUUUGUGUGUGUAGUGUGAAAAUAAACAGAGUGCCUUAUUUGUUUGUUAGUAGUGGACACCACUGAUUAUUACAUAUCUAUUUUUGUAAUCUUAUUCAGCCAUUUGUAGUAUUGGAAUGUGUAAUUAAUUCAAAUAAUAAGCUGAUGUAAUGCUGUGAUUCAUUGUUAAAUUUCAUAAUAGUUUUAGCGGUUGCCCCAAAAAUAUCUUGUUACUCUAAGACACUUAUGCCAUGAUCUGGUUUAAUUGAUCAUAACGGUAAACCGAUCAAAAUAUUUACAUAAAUAAAAAAAAAAUUACUUUAAUUUUAUACAAAAUAGUAACUCUUCUGUUAACUGGCAGGGAUUAGAUGAUUAGGCAUGACUGCUACAUAGGUACAUCCAUGGAUAAUAAUUUUUUGGGAUUUGAAUUUUUGGAUUAAAAUUGAAAGAUAUUUUGUGAUUGUUGAUUGUGCAAAGAUUCGGUAACGAAUAUCUAAUUACAGAAUGUCUGUGUUAAAUGAAAAUAUAUUUCCAUAAAAAUUGAAUGUUACUUAACUUAUUGAUAGAAUAUAAAUUUUGUAAAAAAAAAAAAAAAAUAUUGUACACUAAAACUGCUUUUUUAGAGGUGUUCAAACUGUUUUUUUAUUUAAAAAAAAGUCUGAUUUUGUUUAUCUUAUGUUUAAGCAAUAUUUAAAGGUGAGAAUGGGCAUAUUUUAAUUCUAAGUUUACCUUAUAUACCUUUACACUUCCUUAGGUAUUAUUGCUAAUGUUCUUUUUUGUAUUUAUUUUGCAAUGCUUUUGUUAGUGGUUACAAUUUACUGUACUAUGUACAAAUUAAAGCAUUUCUUAUCUGGUUGUAUUGGGAAAAAUUGUAGAAUACUGGUAGGCUUUUAAAUACCUAUUUGCCUUUUAAAUAAGUUCAGAUGCUAUUUAGGUAAUUUAAGUUGGACCUUAACUGAAAGUUCUAAACGGAAGACAUUGAUCAAGAAAUCCUAAAUUUAAAAAAUAAGUAAUCAUUUAAAAUCUUCAAUACCAGCAUUCAUUAAUAAUUGCUACUUUUAUGACAACAUAUUUUAUUGGGAUAUUUUAAACCAUAACAAUUUCAGAAUGCCCAUUGUGAGAAUUUCUGAUUUAUUUGUAUGGAAUCAAAAGCGCUCCAUCUAGUGGCAAUACUUUCCCACUUUGUAACUAGAUGGUGCUCUUUCUAAUCCAUACAAAUCGUAAUUUAUUUCAUGUGAGUUGGACAAUCUCAAACUAUGCCCUAUAGAGUUCUGCUAUAGUGUACUUGUGAUUUCUUGAUCUUUACCAUCCGAAUCUAGUGCUAUCGCUACAUAGGGUUGUUUUGUAAGGAUUGUUUGUUAUUGCUAUGGCAUAAUUGCACCAUUAACUUUUAUAAAUUUUUAGGGAAGAUAUAAUUUAGUAUAGCUUUUUCAUUGUAUGAAAAUAUGGUAUAAAAUAAAAUUAACUAUAAAAGCUAUAAAA